CAAUCGUUCCUCUUUGAUACCUUCCAACUAGUUUCAAUUUUUCUCUAGUUUCAGUGUCUUUCUGAGGAGGAAAAAUAUGUGUGAAAAGCCAAUUGUGAAAAAACGUAAAACAAGAAAAUAAGUUUGGCCACAAGUAAUAAGUUGCUGCAUUUGGGACAUUUCUUGGGUGAAAUAAUGGCCAGUAGAUACAAUGUGGAAGGGGCUUCACCACCACCAGGGAUAUUAGAAAACCCACCAUCUGGGUCUGCUGGUCAUCAUGGUCAUGAUGGUACUACGCAUCUUUGGGGAGGAUUUGUUAUUUGCAUUUUGACUGUCUUGGUGUGUGCCUCUUUAUACUUCCUUUGCAGGAGGAAGCUCAUACCUCUUCUCAGAAGGAACUCACAGCGGAAGGGAAAAGGUAGCUUGAAAGACGAGAAAGUCACAAUGCUAAGGCGUUUUCAGCUGGAGGAGCUAAUUAAGGCAACCAAGAACUUCAAUCAGGAGUGCCUGUUAGGGUCUGGUGCUUUUGGGAAUGUAUACAAAGGGACCUUUGAUGUUGAAGGGACACUAGCAAUUAAAAGAGCCCACAACGACGCAUACCAGAGUCUUGAAGAAUUUAGAAAUGAAGUGAAACUACUUUCAAAAGUAAGACACAGAAACCUCGUUGGCUUGGUGGGAUUUUGUGAAGAACCUGGAGCAGAAGGGUCAAAAAUGUUGGUUUAUGAAUAUGUACCAAAUGGUUCUCUGCUCGAGUACAUAACGGGAAGAAGAGGGAGGAAUAUCAGUUGGAGGCAAAGAGUAGUCAUUGCCAUUGGAGCAGCAAAAGGUAUUGCUCAUUUGCAUGAAGGGAUCAGACCAAGUAUAAUCCACCGUGACAUAAAGCCAAGUAACAUCUUAGUAGGAGAUGGGUUUGAAGCCAAAGUAUCAGAUUUUGGACUGGUUAAAUCCGGGCCCACUGGAGAUCAAUCACAUGUUAGUAGCCAAGUGAAAGGAACUCCAGGAUACCUUGAUCCUGCCUAUUGUUCUAGCUUCCACUUAACCCCAUUCAGUGAUGUCUACAGCUUUGGUGUUAUACUUCUGCAACUUGUUACUGCCAGGCCUGCAAUUGAAACGCAUAGAAUUCAUUCUAAUUAUCAUGUCAUAGAAUGGGCAAGGCCUAGUUUAGAACGAGGUCGAGUUGAGGAAAUUCUAGAUGCUAAUCUGCUAUCAGAACCAUGCAACAUCGAGAUGAUGCUAAAAAUGGGGCAACUUGGCCUGAGAUGUGUUGUGAAAACACCAAAACAUCGCCCUACAAUGACCCAGGUUUGGCAAGAACUAGAAGCUUCCCUGUUUUCGGCAGAAAACUUCAUUAACAAGCGCCUUUCCUCAGAUUCUCGAAUAUCAGCUGGUGCAUCUCGUAGGGCGUCGGUGGACUGUGAUUGCUCUCAAAGCUUUGUGAGCAUAAAUGGCAUUGGAUUUCAGAGGUUUCAUGUAGAGAUGGAUAGCCUGUCCUUCCAGAGUACAAGCUUGAGAUGCCUGGAGAAUAAUAGCAUUAGUAUUGAGAUUGAUAAGAACAAUUUGAAUGACAUAUGCGAGGAAAAGAGUAUAGAAGAAGAACCACUAAGCACAUCAUAUAUGCAUUAAAAAAUACGCCUCUUCCUUCUUUUUCUACUUGUAUUUUUUUUUUUUUCCGUGUUAGGAAUGAUUCCAAUACCGUAUUUUAAAUUUUAUGUCCCUGUUUGUUUAUGGAGGCAGGCUUAGAGACAAUGUGUAUUGAGACUAGUAUACGGUUGAUGCAAAUACUUGAUGGCGCUUGUUUUCGUUCAUAUGAAUCCAGGAAUGUAAUUCUGUAUU